AUGAGGGAAUUUGAACUUCAGAACUUGAAGUCUUUGAGAUCUGUCCCUCUGAUUUGUGUAAAAAUUACUAGCUCAUCAGGUAAAGAAAGCAGUCUAACGGUUUGUUUAAAAGAGACGGUCAAGUCAUUGAAGGAUAGAGCUCUUGGUGGCGAAUGUUCGAAGGAAUCUCCCUUCUACAAACUUAUUCUUGCUAAAUCAAAUCGUGAGCUUAUCGAGGAGAAAACGCUAGAAGAAGAAAAUGUUCAAGAAAAUGGUAAGUUUCAUGGUUGACUCUAAUGUUUAGGAAUUACCUCCUAUUUGACGUUGUUUUUUUUUUCUUUUCCAGACGAAUUGAUCUUGUUCAAGAAACGUCAGAGCACAACUGCAGAUAUAGCCGAAAAGGUAAGCUUAGCUAUGUGAUUUUACAGGUCAUUUCGUUUGUUAGCAAGUGAGGUUUAUUUUUUUAUUUAUACCACAUUAUGCAAACAGUGCUAAAUGUCGUGAUAAGAUAACAGGGAAUUGGUUUAAAAGCACAUCACAUGUUGAUUACAUUAAUUGAUUUGUGUAAUUUGGCAGCUUAUUGGCUCAGUUGUUCUAGUGUAUGUAACACAAUAGUCGUAUAUCCUCGUUUAGCUUUUGUUGUUAGAAAAUGGUCUGAAAACGAUAUCAGAGCGUAAUUUGUGAGACAUUAAUAAUUAUUAUAUCAUUAUGGCGAGAAAAAGAUGAACAACAACACAGUGAAUGCAAAAACAGAUUUUGUGUUUUGUUUACAAGUAGCCGUCAUGAUUGUAUGACCAGGUCAGUGUCAGUCUCAUUUGUUGGCAAGGAAUCAGGGAUUUUUAUAGAUUUUGUUAAUAACUGGCGGCCAUCAAGUAACGUCAUGUACAAUUUUAUGCCCAUUUGCAAGUUAUACUUCAUAAAUAAUUUUUGGCUGAAAAUUUCUGAUUUAGUCAAUGACAUGAAAAUGGAUGUUUUAAGUUUUUGUGAUGACUGUGCAUGUGCCAGUAUUCACUAUUGCCAUUGAGUUAGUUUUCCAAAAGUAAGUAAGCAAAAAUAGGAUAUACUUUGGAGUCCCACAGGCCCCUCCCCUGGAUCUGCCACUGGUGCCAAUGUGUUGACCAUUCUUCAUCAUUUGGCAAAGUUGCAUGCAUUAAUGGGAAAGGUUAAAAAUGCGCUACAAAUUAUAGAGAAAUGUUGCAAUGCAUUUUAAAGCAUUCAAAUGCAAUAAAAAUGCAUUUUACUCUUCAGUAGUAGUCACACACUCUUCUCAAGCACCUAUUUUUGACAUUUUUUUUCUUUAAUCCUAUAUCAGACAUUGUAAAAGGGCCUCGGCUAUACAUUGAUGUAUUACUCCUUACUGUACAUUAAAACAAACUGCAUACUCAAUUUUUGUCACUGCUUUAGUUCUAAAUUUAUUUCUCUAACUUGAAAUUACGCAGGAAUGUAAAAGUAACAGUUCCCAAGUGCCUGAUCUCAAAAUGGUGAAGAAACUUACUGCAAAACUUGAUGGAGGGAAGGUCAAGGACCAAUUUGCAAGCUUAUCCCCUCCUACUUUAGAUGUAAGUAGGAUUAAUAAUAUUAAACCUGUCAAUGUACUGUAUUCUUGGAGAAGCACCUUUGUUCUGUGCCAUCCCUGUCGAUCGAGGGAAAUGCUGUAAUGGACUAGUUAGCAGGUUGUAGAGAAGUACAGUUGAGCCUCCAUGUACAACCACCUAUCCAAAACAGUGAAAUUUUCCCAGUGAAAUCACUUUAGUUGGAACCUCCCUUAAGCGACCGCAGAUUUUACACUGUUUUUAUCCUCCUGUAAGCAACUACCUAAGACAUGGCUUAAUCAUAAUUUUGUUUAUUGUACUUCACUACUAAGAAAAUACCAAGACAUAAAACUUUUAGUGGGAACUUGAAGGGAAGGUUUCACGGUGCAGUGCAUGCUUAUGAAUCACGUCUAUGCAAGCAAUAUGAUCAUGUCAUAAUGUUGUCAUAGAACCAAUCUGCACACUCCCCUGGCAGUCACUUGAUCAACUUAUGUGCAAAUAGCUGUAAAUUCAGCAACCAUAGAAUAAAACCUUUGGGUCAGCAAUAAAUUCAACGUUGGUAGUACUGGCAUAAUGCACUAUUUUUUUCUGCAAUUUUAGUACUCCUCCAUCCUACUUCAGGUUUCUCUGAAAUACACUUCUACUUUGAAAUACACUCUGAGAUUGCUGAGAUACAUGUGGGUGGGAUUGUUAAACUAAUUAAACUGGAAAAAAGUAAUUUAAUUAAUGAGCAUGCGCUGAACCUUGAACCAGUCCCUUUAAAAUUACACUCAUCAUAACUUAGAGGUUACAUGCAUUUGUAUUCUCUUCCAAAAUGUACAUUGUUCUGACCUCUUCUAGAGAGCUCUUUUGGGUAAUUUUGCAAACCUCAAGCUAUUUGGUUACAUAACAGUACCUUACUUUUUCUUUCCACUUUUAGUUCAAUUCUGAACUCAGAAGAAUUCUUAUCUCCCUUAUUGAUUCUUCCAUCCUGCUUCAAUCCGUGAAUGAAGACAAGGAAACUGCUGGUAGUUCAGGUACAAAUUCAAAAAGGUUAUGUGCAUUGUUAAAAUUACUGUAUGUUUGGAAAUAACGUAGUUUAUAGAAGCCCAACAAGACAUCUGCGUGUACAGGGUUUGCAAAUUUUAUUGAUGGGUGAAGUCAAUGUGACUUCUGCUUCACAAACUUUGGAGUCAUUUUGGAAUAUUUAGAGGACUCAUGUAACACAACGGAAAAAAAACAAUGUAAUAUUGCUUAAACAAGAGUUAAAAAAAAUUAUUUGACAGCUUUGGAUAACCUGUUCGAUGAGGCUGCCAUGUCAGCGUAUGGUUCUGGCACUAUAUAUCAUGAUGGAAACAUGAGGUAACUUUGGCCUCAUAAUUAUGAGAGUCGGCUGACCUCGAAAGGCUCAAAUCCAUGAUGAUGAUCAUCAAUCAAGUGAUUCUUAUCGUAAUUUUGCCUCUAUGUGUUUAAACAUUAAUAAUUGUUCAAUUAAGGUGGUUUAAAUCAGGUUUACAACAUUUGCAGUUAAUGCAGUAAAUUCUACUUUAGUGCUUAUAUUCUUGUUUUUAAGGGUACAGAUGUAUGUAAGAACUUUUAACACAUACUGUCUUUUUAGGUCAGGAGGAAGAUUUGCAACCAAAUGUUGACCCUGUAAGUGUACUGUAAUUUACAAUGAUGGGAAGGCAAUAAUCACAAAAAAUGCUUAUAACACCAGUGUCAUUACUAAUGGCCCUAAUUUGUAAAACUUACAUGUACACAGUCCAACCCAAAGGAAAUCUAAGCACCUGUAAGCUGUAUACAAAGUCUUCUAUACAUGUACUGUGUUAUGGGAUGAUUAUUUUAAAUUGCUGGCCACAUAAUUGCUGGUGGUCUCCUGGGCUUUUGGUUGUAACAGGGAUGUGUCAAGUCAUGUAUAUAAGGUUAUGGCCAAAAUUUAACUCAGGUUAAACCGUUUUGACUUAAAUUGAUUCACAAUUUCCUUUGUUCCCUAUCCCUAUUAUUGUUGAUGAGUUAUGGUUAGGAGACAAGGGAAAUUGAGAAUCAACCUAAGUUGAGAAAAAAUUUUUCACCUGAAUUUCAUUUUGCCACUUAAACAUAAUGCAAAUUUAUGUUGUUCAAAUUUUUUCACCUCGCCUCAAAUUCUACUCUCUGCUGUUUUUAAGACAGUGCAGUAAUGAAUGUUUAUGUGAAAAAAGUAAAAUGUGAUCCAAGGAUUUUUUAAACCACAACAUAAUAGCAUAAUCAAGGUGUAUACCCUUGUUAAUUAUAAAAUAUGCAUUUUUUUGUUCCAGACCAUCCUUAAACAGCUAACAGACAUGGGUUUCAAAGAAACCAGAGCCAAGAAAGCCUUGUUUUUAAACAGG